UCAUCAAACAAUGGAAAGAGCAGAGAAAAAUGAGGUACUAGUUGAAAAAUCAGACGAUCAUAUCAACAAUCUCGAAAGACUACCAGAAGGAUGUAUAUCUGACAUCCUAUCUCUAACAUCACCUGCAGAUGUGUGUCGGUCUAGUCUAGUUUCAACUCUUUUUAAAUCUGCAGCUGAUUCGGAUGCUCUCUGGGAGAGAUUUCUACCGGCCGAUUAUCAAGACAUCAUUUCUAGAGCAUUGCAUCCUUUUCCAUCAGCUGCACUAUCUAAGAAAGGCUUAUUUUAUCGCCUAUCCGAUAACCCACUUCUCAUUGAUGGUGGUCUUAAGACCUUUCAGUUGGAAAAAUCUAGUGGAAAGAAAUGUUUCAUGCUUGGAGCAAAGGAGCUUGGAAUUGCUUGGGGAGACAAUCCUAACCACUGGCGUUGGGAAGGUUACCCUGGAUCCAGGUUUCCUGAGGUGGCCGAACUUCAAUGGGUAUGCUGGUUUGAUAUCCGUGGGAAGCUUGAUACCAGAUUGCUAUCACCAAAGACCUUAUAUGCAGCUUACCUUGUGCUGAAGUUUAAGGAAAGGGCAUACGGUUUUAGUAACCAAACUGUAAAGGCCAGAGUCGAGGUCGUCGGAAGGGCUGGUGGUAAUAGUAGUGUGUGUAGCGAGGAGAUACUUAUCUACUUGGAUCCCAACGGUGAGGGGGGUGAACAUUUUGCACGGGAGAGAGGAGAUGGUUGGAUGGAGGUUGAGAUGGGUCAUUUCUACAACGAAGAAUUAGAAGAAGACAACGACGAGGGUGGAGAGGUGCAUAUGUCUGUGCUUGAGACUGAGAGGUUAGGAACCAAGCGUGGCCUUAUUGUCCAAGGUAUGGAACUUAGACCCAAGGUGAACUGUUAGAUUAUGGGAUUGGUAUAGUAUUUUAUAUGGAAAGUUUUAGUGUUUUAGAGUUUGUUAUUUUAUUUCAUUUCACUUCUGUAAUCUUGCAUUAGUGAAGUAUUAAUUCAAUGAAGAGAUUUAAAAAAAAAGUUUUUAAUAUAUUUAAUAUGAAUUAGUUUACAAGU